AAGCCAAUGUGAAGCAAUACAAAUAAAACCUGAUAUAAUUUUGUUGACCCGCAAAAGAGGAGACUGCUGUCUUUAAAUUGUUUAUUCAGCUUGGACUAGUUCCUGUUAUAUGUUGUUAAGCACUCGGAUCUAUAAAAGAGAGAUAGCAGCCGCUAGUCGUCAACAGUUGAGAUCUGACUUUACUGGAAGAACAAAGUGAACCUGCUUACAGAAUGCCUUACACCCCAGCAAAUUCGUACGACGCCGAUCAAAAGAUCUGGAGCGGUGGUCAAGUGACACAUUAUUUUGAUCCCCAGUUGUCCAUCGGAGAGAUUAUUUUCCAAGAGAUGCGGCGACAUCCGCAGCUAAUAGCACAGAUCUCGGCUACGGAGAAUACAGUGCUGACCAGAGCGGAACUCCAUGCAAACUCAAUGCGGGUGGCCAGCUUUCUCCGAUCGGAGGGACUCCUCCAAUCCGAUGUGGUGGGAAUUAUCGGCAGAAAUACGACUCAUAUGAUAGCCGUAGCCUACGCCUGCUUCUUCAACGGAAUGGCCUUCCACUCGCUUAACAACACCUACGAUCGGAACACCAUUGAAAAAAUCUACAAUAUCACCAAGCCACGAAUCAUUUUCUGCGAUGGCGAUGAGUUUGAAAAGGUGAAGGACGCCACUGCUCACCUGGAUGUGAAGAUCGUCACCAUGCGCAAUCACCCUAAGAAUUCCAUCCGGAUUGGUGAAGUACUGACCACUCCCAUUGAGGAAAACUUCCGGCCAGCUAAACUGGAACAGGGCAAUGACCAGACUUUGGCCAUUCUCUGCUCCUCGGGCACAACUGGAACGCCCAAGGCUGUAACUAUAACCAAUAGUCGCCAAAUCCUCGCAAGCAAUGAUCAUUUGACCACCGCUGAUGUCCAAUACUCACACAACACCCUUGACUGGAUCACCGGCCUGGUUACCACCAUCACAUCUGGGGUGUUUAGCACAACCCGCAUCAUCGCAGAUAAUGCCUUCGAUCCCGCCUUUGCCAUGCGAGUCAUUGAGCAGUACAAGGUCACCUGGAUUAUUCAGCCGCCCUCCGCCAUGGCCAUAAUGAUUAACAGUCCGGAGUUUGAGACUUCCGACCUGUCCAGCCUACGCUGCUACCUGUAUGGAGGAUCUCGGGCUGCCAUAGAGGUGCAACAAGCCAUCCGCAGUCGUCUGAGUCAUGAUUGCCUGCAGUUUGCCUACGGAUUCACGGAGCUGGGCGCCAUGGCCACCAUCAACUGCCAUUUUGACGAGAAGCCCGGAUCGGUGGGUCGUUUGGUCAGCGGUCUAAAGCUAAAGAUAGUCAAUGACCAGGGCGAAUCGCUCGGACCCGACGAACUUGGCGAGGUGUGCAUUAUGAACAACCAGCAUUGGUCUGGAUACUUUGGCAACCCAGAGGAAACGCGCGCCAUGCGCGAUCCCCAGCGAUGGUAUCACUCCGGCGACCUGGGCUACAUGGAUCGCAAUGGCUUCCUCUACAUCAUGGACCGCAAGAAGGAGAUGCUGAAGUACCAGAACAUCAUGUACUACCCCAGCGACAUUGAGAGUAUGAUCUCUGAGAUGCCCGAAGUGGCCGAGGUCUGUGCCUUCGGGGUGUGGAGCGACAUCUAUGGAGACGAGGCUGCCGCUGCCGUGGUUAAGAAGCUGGGCAGCGAACUCAAGGCCCAGGAUGUUGUGUAUUAUGUGAGCAGUCGUACGGAUUCCAAAUACAAGCACUUAAACGGCGGAGCCAUCAUCGUGGAGGAUUUGAAGCGCAGUGCCAAUGGCAAAACCAAUCGGAUGGCCAACAAAAACCAUUUCCUUCAGGUGAAGAGUGGGAGCUAACUGUCCUAGUAUUUUAAAUACAUGUUUGACAUACUCGUACGCCCUAGAGAACUACUGUUAAAUAAAUGAUAAGCCCAGCUAAAGUUAAAAUCUCUCUUUUGUGUAUUCUUUCAUUUCGUUUUGCAUCAUUUAUUUAUAAACAUUUCACAAACAUCAUUAUUCUGGGGGUUUUACACAAUUAUUUCGUUUUUUCCUGGUUUCCAUUUUAGGAUUUAUUCGUUCCUUUCGGGUGACAACAAUUAUUUCAACUAUUUUGUAAAAUUAGCUACUAAUCUUUCACUUAGGCAUUUGAUUUGCUGUUUUAAUUUCUCGCCGACGGCCUUGAUGUGUUAUUGCCAGGUCUAAAUGUACGUUUAGAAUUUAUUUCGUUUGUGGUUUUGGCGUUGUUUCUUACUGGGCUUGGUUUACGUUCCAGCAUUGGAUUGCAUUACAGUGAAAUUGAUGCGAUGUUUUGCUAUGUAUCGAAUCGAAUCGAACCGCUCUUAAGACUAUAUGUGUGACUGUGAUCUGUGAUCUUUGCUAAAUCCUCUCAUUGUCUGGGGAUCGUGGUUUUUUCUGGCUGUGAGUGUGCAUGUCCUGACUUAGCUCUAUAAAGUAAGGUGAUUUUCAGUGUUUAUUGAUUCGCUUUUCGCUCGCCAUCGAUUGCAAUUUCGAUUCGAAUGAUUUGGUUGUUUUUUGUUCGUAUUUACACUCCAUAUCUAGAAAUUAUAGUUUGAGUUGCUUGAUUGUUAUAAGUGGGCCAUGAGCCGACCCCUUUUUUUUUGGAAGAUAUGUGUUAUGAUUUAUCUAAAUUUUAACUUGCAUUACUCAAACUCGUUUGCCCCCUCAAACUGUGCAAAGAUAAGGUUUCGUUUUCGUUUUCGAUUUCGAUUUGGGUGUCGUUUUGAUU